UUUGCUCUGCAGGAGAGGACAGGCGAUUGACGGCAAGAAGCUCUUCAUUAAAGAUAUUUGUGUUACAGUCCUGAUAAACAUGUCUCAUAAUGAAGGAUAUGUGGUGCGGAUACGUGGUUUGCCUUGGUCAUGCACACAAGAGGAAGUGGCCUCCUUUUUCUCUGAUUGUGACAUUUUGGGGAAAGUGAAUGGGGUGUGUUUUACCUUCUCCAAAGAGGGAAGGCCGAGUGGAGAGGCAUUUGUGGAGCUAAAGACAUCAGAAGACUUUAAAAAGGCUCUGGCUAAAGACCGCAAAUACAUGGGUCAUCGUUACAUCGAAGUGUUUAAGUCCAACCGCAGUGAGAUGCAUUUGGUGCUAAAACAAAGCGCCCCAACAGACUAUGAUAGCUGCAGUGGUAGCAUGUUGCGGCUGAGAGGACUGCCUUUCGGUUGCAGUAAAGAAGAAAUUUUGCAGUUCUUUUCAGGGUUGAAAAUCGUGCCAAAUGGGAUAACAUUGCCGAUGGACUACCAGGGGAGGAGCACAGGGGAAGCCUUCGUGCAGUUUGCCUCAAAGGAGAUAGCAGAAAAGGCUCUGGGGAAACACAAGGAAAGAAUAGGGCACAGGUACAUAGAGAUAUUCAAGAGCAGCCGGAAUGAAAUGUCUGCAUACUAUGAAGUACCCAGGAGAAUGAUGGGACAGAGGCCUAGUCCAUAUGACAGACCUAUAAUGGGAUGCGGGGGCUUCUUCGGGCCUGGAAGGGGAGAUGCUGUCUUGGACCAGAUGCGCAGUGGAGGCGGUUACAGUGGUGGGUAUGGUGGGUUUGACAAUUACAAUGGCUUCAACAACUACAGCUUUGGUAAUGGAAUGUUUGAGGAGCGUGUGCGGAGUGAUAGAGGAAGAGGAGGAAUGGGGGAUCAUGGUUACAGCAGUGAUUCAAACUCGGGCUUUCACAGUGGCCAUUAUGUGCACAUGAGAGGCCUUCCCUUUCGUGCUACAGAGGCAGAUGUCGCGAAUUUCUUUGCCCCUUUAAUUCCUGUGAGGGUACACAUUGAUGUAGGGCCCAAUGGAAAGUCCACAGGAGAGGCAGAUGUUAAGUUUAGAUCUCACAAAGAUGCUGUGUCUGCCAUGUCAAAAGACAAGAAUCAUAUGCAGCAUAGGUACAUAGAGCUUUUCUUGAAUUCAACUUCAAGUGGGCCGUCAGAAAUGGGUCGUGGAGGAAGUUUCUAUGGCAACUCUGGAGGCAUGGGUUCUCGAGGAAGUGGAUCAAGGAGAAUGUUGUGAGGAUGCUUGCAAUAGAUGCAUAAACAUUUGAACCCAAAGUUGGAGCUUCCAGCUUGGAAAAUCUUUUUGUACGAAUAUGUUUACACAUGUUCAUAGAGAAUAUGCCCAAAAUAUUUUCCAGGCUCAAAGAUAAUUAUCUCUAAGUAAAUCUAUAUAAAUCAAUACAUACACGCACGCCCGCGCACACACACACACACACACACACACACACACACACACACACAGAGCUCUGGAAAAAAUUAAAGGGACCACUGCAAAAUUAUCAGUUUUUCAGGAUUUACUAUUUAUAGUUAUGUGUUUGAUUAAAAUAAACAUUUAUGUUUUAUUCUAUAAAGUACAGACAACAUUUCUCCCAAAUUCCAAAUAAAAAUAUUGUCAUUUAAAGCAGUUAUUUGCAGAAAAUGAAAACUGGUCAGAAUAAUGGAAAUAAAACAAGUUAAUAUUCAUUUUUAAACAACACAAUACUAAUGUUUUAACUUAGGAAGAGUUCAGAAAUCAUUAUUUGGUAGAAUAACUUUGAUUUUCAAUCACAGCUUUCAUGAGUCUUGGCAUGCUCUCCAGUUGACCAGUUGUAAUUUUCUGCAAAUAACUGCUCUAAAUGACAAUAUUAUUCUUUGGAAUUUGGGAGAAAUGUCGUCAGUAGUUUAUAGAAUGAAACAAAAAUAUUAAUUUUACUCAAACACAUAACUAUAAAUAGUAAAUCAAGAGAAACUGACAGUUCUUUGCAAUGUUCUGUUAAUUUUUUAUUUUUUUCCAGAGCUGUGUAUAUAUAUAUAUAUAUAUGAGCUGUUGCAUAGAUUGACCGGCUACUGUAUGUUUUGCCUAUUCAAUUUUAUAUAAAAUAUUUCUGUUUAAAUCUUAACUAUAAAAAUUAGCACUUUGUAUGUGUUUUGACUCAAAAUUGAUGAUGAAUAGCUUGACGCUAGAGUUGUGUGUGUGGAAUUGCACUGAAGAGACUUUUAUCUUUCCUUUCCUUUCCCUAAGCAAUAACAUCAUUUUGGAUGUUCAUCCGUUUUUGCUGCUCCAUAAAAUUUCUAAAUUGAAACCUGUGAAUUUUACACAUCUAUGGAAAAAAACAAAACUUUAUUGAUAUAUUGUACUUUUGACCAAAGAAUGUUGAAAGGUUUCUUUGUUCAUUGAAGGAAACUGUAAUAUAACAAAAAAUAAAGUGUGAUUUCUCG